UUUUUCUACCACGAUGACAAUGUUUUUUUCUUUUUUCUAAAAAUCAAGGUUUCAGUUUUCAUAUGCAGUUGUGUUAAAAGCAUGCAACUUUACUCUUCCUUUUUCCAGAGGCGUGGAUGCGAACAAAGAUUCUUUCAUUCAUGCGCUCUUUCCCCAACUCUCCCACAAUCCCACUUUUGAAUUUUGGAUCGCUUCCAACGGUCACUCGCUACCCUUUUCCCUUUCACAAACCCUACUUUCCCCCUUCUCUGUAAAUGGGUUGGAAUCUCGUCUUCUGGCUCCUCAUUUGUUUCCCUGCCAACAUUGCGCUUCUCGCUUCCACUUUCUACCAGGUUUUGAUUCUGUCGGAUUUGGAGUCUGAUUACGUCAACCCUUUCGACGCUUCGUCUCGGAUUAACUACUUCGUUCUUCCGGAGUUCAUUGGGCAGGGAGCAUUGUGUGCUCUGUGCCUCUUCACUGGCCAUUGGUUCAUGUUUUUGCUCACAGUUCCUGUUACUUGCUACCAUGCCAGACUGUAUGUGAAAAGAGAGCAUCUUAUUGAUGUUACUGAGGUAUUUAGGGUAGUUAAUGCUGAGAAGAAAUUUCGGAUAGUGAAACUUGCUUUAUACUUAACGGUUCUCAUUGUUACUAUCUUCAGGAUGCUUGCCGCAGGAACAAUAAUAUUCUACAAUUCCAAGUUUCAAGGAGUAGACAUACGGUCAAAUCUCUAGGUUCUUGAAAGAAAAAAAAAAAGUGUAAUCUACACUUUUCUUUAGUAGAUUAUUAAUUAUCUAAUUAGGAAAUUGACCAUUUCAGCUGCCAUGGUUUUAUAGACCCUUGGAAUCCUGUAAUUACAUUUCCUUGACUAGUCCCUCUCCAACUAUAUUUUCUCCUCUAAUUCGUUUGGUCUCCAAUAUUGAUGUAAAAUGAGUGUAAAUUUUUUCAAGUGAUCUUUGAAGUUGUAAUUUUUUUGUCAUAUAUAACAAAAGUUUACACGUAAGAGAAUGUUUGGUAUCCUUGUCUAGAUGCAUCAUGUGACCUAUAAGUAUUUUGUCGUCCAAAUUUGAAAAAUAUAGAACAUAAGAAAUGUAAUUGUGCAAAUUAACCUUAAAAUGUUUUUCCUCUCUUUUGGUGUUUUCUUAAAAUGCCCUUUCCUUUGCUUCUGAAAGAUUCUAGAUUAUUAUUGCAAGCUUUGUUCUUGAUGGCUUAAGGAACCUGAUGGUCAGCAUU